GUAAAUCGAGAAGAAAAAGAAAAAGAAAGAUAGAAAACACAGACAUCUGUUUGAUGUCUCUCUGUUCAAACACACAGCACUCAGGAGCUUUUUAAAAGCGCCGGGUUUGUGAUCACUGAGAAGAAAUACUACAUGUACUCUUUUUAGUAUCUCAGAAAAACAUUAGGCCUCACCUUCUUUGCACUCAAAUGAGGCCUCUUCUUCACUAGUUUCUACCCCGGGAUCUACUAUUUAUUCACUCUUGAUCCACAUAGUUUAUUCAUAAGGCGUCUAAAAACCCCCUCCGUCAUAUAUAUGUAAUUCCAUCGCUGCUGUUGGUAGAGGUUCUUGCAGAGGAAAAUGGAAAGGAAAAGUUAAAUAGUUAAUCCCCAGGAUUUCCAUGCUAGUGCGAUAAUCGCCACUACUACGGCAGAUACCCGCUUCCCUAAAAUUUUCCUACCCUGGGGUAAAAUAAAAAAAAAUAACCCAAGAGGCGAAUGGGAGUUGUGUCGCCGAUGCGCUGAGAGCUCGCAUCGUGACUUUGAGGAAGAAAGCGGGAAGGUUUGGCCCUGCUUUCUAUCUGUGUUGGGAUAAUUCCAAACCUCCAGCAUAAUGAAAACGGAUUCAGCCCUUUCAGUUUUCAUUCUGGUCCUUUCAACCCUCGUUUUCUUCCGCAGGGCCUGAAACUGGCGGGACUAGGUGUUCCUUGACCUCGUUCUCUGCAUAUAUAUAUAUUCCUAUAACUAUAUCCAGGUAUCCAUACCCAGCUGCAACCGCCUAGCGAUUUUCUCAUUCUCGAACCUCCAGUACCAAACAGCCCAAGACUCUCUAGAACAACCCCUUUGUCUUGUCGAAUCACUGCUUUCUCCUAUCUUAGUGAUAGAGAUUUUGUUUUCUAGAACGGACUAGGCACCCAGUCAGGGCCCUGAAUCGCCUUUGCUCCGCUUGAUCGCUCCUGAUGUACCCCUCUAUGGGACCUCCCUCCGGAGUUCUAGGUUUCAUGAACCUUCCGACCAGGACCUCAUGCAGGGAGCUUCCCCUGGAAUGCCGAUGCACUGGAAUGCGGUGUACUAUGCCAAUUGGCGGGCCAAUAACAUACCGCCUCCCUCAGCGUUGAAUCUAGGUUAUAUAUCCCAUAUAUUCUACGCUUUUGCUUGGGUGAAAGAGGACGGUAACGUCUCUCUUAGCAACGAAUGGGUGGACGAAUACCAGCCAGUCGAUGGCACUCAGGGAUAUCUUCGGGCACUCGUCCAGCGGAAACACGACAGCCAGGUAAAAGUGCUCCUUUCGAUCGGGGGCGGGGGCAUAGGCAGCAAGAAUUUCGCAGAGGUCGCUGGGAACCCAGCAGCAGUUGAGAGAUUUCUAUCAAGCGCCACAGAGCUGGCGAAUAAAUUUAACCUUGAUGGGUUUGAUAGUACGGAAAACCCUUCCCGAUAGGCUGCCCCAACCCCGAGGAUGGUUUCAGUUCAUAUGGGUGACAAGCAAAGACAAUAUUCCGCUAACAAGUAUAAAAAAAAAAAAAAACAAAACAAAACAGUAAACUGGGAACACCCCGAAACCCUCGAACAGGGCUACGACUACAACACCCUCCUGUACCGCAUGCGCGAAAAAUUCCCAAGCCCAACCUACCUCCUCACCACCGCCCUCUCAGCCGGCCAAUGGGUCCUCAACAAAAUAAACCUUGUCGAAGCCCACCUCUAUGUCGACCUCAUCAAUCUCAUGACAUACGACUUCUCCGGCCCCUGGAUGCCUCACAGCGGGCACCACGCUCAACUCUACGCACCACCACCGCCACCGCAACCGGCGCCAUCAGGAGUGCCAGGCCCGCCGCAAACUGCGGCGGCGACGAAUAGUACAUGUACCAUGUCGUGCUCCUCAGGGGUCGCCUAUCUGUUAAGCUGGGGCGUGCCCGCCGAUAAAAUCCUCCUAGGCAUUCCCGCGUACGGUCGUGCGUUCCCGGGGGCGUAUGGGAUUAAUCAGCCGUACGAUAGAGGGGGCGAGGAGAAGGUGUUUGAUUACCGUGAGUUACCGCUGCCCGGGACAGAGGAGGUGCACGAUGACGUGGUUGGUGCGGCUUAUUGUGUUGAUGUCGGCGGUGGGGGAGGAGGAGGUGGUGGUGGUGGAGGGGGGGGAGGGGCCGGGUUCAUUUCGUACGAUUCGCCGCGGACAGUAACGCAAAAGGCACAUUUUGUAUCGGAGUUUGGCCUGGGGGGGCUUUUCUAUUGGCAUAUCGCGACGGAUGCGGGUGUGGAGACGAGGAGGAGUCUGGUGGCCACUGGGUAUUGUGCGCUGCAUCCGUGGAUGAUUUCUACGUCGAAUGAGAGGAGGUGGGGGAGAGAAAGAUGAUGAUGUUGAUGAUGAUAGUUUCGGGCGUUUGGGUGGGAUUCAUAAUAAUGGAAUGACUUUAAUCAGAAGAAAGGCAUACAUGCAUCACUCUCAUUUACCCCCUUUUUCCCCUCCCUUCAAUUCUAUUGUUGUCUCCCCGGCGGGUUGUAUUACGCC